AUGAUUCCUACCAGCCAACAGGAGAAAAUGAGACGGAAUUUGCCAAUGAAGUUCUCUAAUAUGAGACAAAACUCGCCUGACCAUGAUUUCAAGCCAUUCUUCGAUGAGUAUUUUUAUCCACACUCGCGGAAUGUUUGUCCAAAGCAUGCAUCGAUGCAUCGUCCUCAAGAAUAUGGCGAUCUCAACUUUGCUCAAGCUACUCCAUUCCAAAACGAACUCAGCGAAUCGACUGGACUUCAGAACUUUGGUCAUGGUAGAGCUUUUGUUCCGGGCAUCCCCGGCUUCAGCUCAUCCGAGUUCUCUUCUCUCGACAUGGCAAAACUGCAGCUUCAGUACCUAAUGAUGAUAAACAGCCAAGCAAGUAAUGGUCUUGACAGUAUGAUAAGUCCACCGUCAACUAUUUCAAGCCCACUGAACACUUCACAUCCGUUCAAUACUAUUGCUCAAUCUCUAACUAACGGGAACUAUGCAGAGCACUGUGAUGCUCCAGAGCCGAAUUACAGUCCAUCUCCGACAGACGAUUUCAAGGGUCUUGGGUCGAACUUCAACUUCAACGUUUCUUCAAGAAUUAACUCAGCGAAUGGAUACUACAAAAACGAUGGUUAUGAAAGAGGAGCGAUGUACACAGCUGAGGAUGUCCACGUUGUUGUCAAGAACCAUCGGGAUGGCAACAAGCAGCGAGUGGUAUCAAACAAAGUGUUUGUUGGUGGUAUAUCCCAUUCCAUGAAUCGUGAAACCAUCAACACUUUUUUCGGAAAGUUCGGUACCGUAUUCGUUGAUUGGCCUGUCAAACAAAAAUGCAAUGCCCGCGGAAAGCCUGUUCCAAUGACAUCAUACUCCUACCUAUUUCUUGUUUAUUCGGAAGAACAAUCAGUCAUUAAACUCAUGAAAGAAUGCCAACAAUCAGGAAAUGACUUCUUUGUUGUUGUUCCAGGAUGUCAAGAAGCUAUUCAAAUCCGUCCGUGGUUCAUCAAAAAUGCGUUCUACAUUUCGAACAAAGCGAGAAACAGUCCUUGCAUUGAUAUUCAUCGUACUGUAUUCGUUGGCGGACUUCCAAGAAUUGUGACAGCUGAAGAGAUUGCUCAAAUAUUCUCGGAGUUUGGAAAGGUUCUUCUGGUCACUAUUGACAUUGACCAAGACUACGCGUAUCCAAAAGGUGCUGCCAGAGUAACAUUCGAACGAGACUCAUCGUUCAGUAGAGCACUGGAACGGAAAUAUCUUAAGUUUAAGAAUAUUGAUUCAAGCAAGACUCUGAUCGAAAUUAAGCCAUACGUUAUGGAAGAUGUUGGAUGUGAUCAGUGCGGUGGGCUUUGGUUCAAUCCAUUUCUCGAUGUUUACGAUCAGUUGAAGAGUUGCAAAUCAAAGCAAAACCAACAAGAUGAUACAAGUAUCAACUCGUGUGCAUCAAAAAAGAAAGCUGUGGAUUCUGAAUCACAAUUUUUGGACCCAGAAGAUCUUUUCUCGAAAAUCGAUGCCGGCUAUCAAAGAAGUUUGAAUUCUUCAAAAAACUCCACAAGCCAAGAUGUCCUCCAUGAUUUUGGUUCCGAAAACGAAGUUGAAACCGGUGCUCGCAAGUUUCUUGCCAUGACGAAAUCAUUUGGUUUGGAUCAAGAACAAACUGUAAAUGUUCUUGGAAAAGAAUACAAUAUUGGACCCAGUCUCUGGUAUCAGUUCCUGCCGCUUCCGAGUUUUGAGUGUGGAAAUGAAUCGGUUCAGAUGAGUCCUGAACAGAAGAUUGAAUCAUUUCUCCGAAUGAAGCGUACCAAUGUCUACAGUAAUAAGAGCUCAUACUGUAAAGAAAGACCAUGUCGGCAAUACUAUUGUCCAUCUUGUUCCAACAAACACCAUUCUGGACCAGACCAACAUAUUCUCCUACCAGCUGGGAAACCGGAACGUCGUCCAAGAAAGGACAAAAAUAUGUACCUCGUCAGUCUUAGCAACUGA